AUGGGUUCAAUCCUUCUCCCACAUUUGAAAGCCGGCUGGCACGUCGAUCAGGCUAUCAUGACUGAGGAAGAGCGCCUGGUGGUCAUCCGGUUCGGAAAGGACAGUCAUCCAGACUGUAUUUCGAUGGACGAAACACUAUAUAAGAUCGCCGAACGUGUCAAGAACUUCGCUGUACUCUACGUCUGUGACAUAGAAGAGGUUCCGGAUUUCAACACCAUGUACGAAUUAUACGACAAUGUCACAGUCAUGUUUUUCUUCCGCAAUAAACACAUGAUGUGUGAUUUUGGAACUGGUAACAAUAACAAACUGAACUGGGUGCUGGAGGAUAAGCAGGAGCUCAUCGAUAUCAUCGAGACGAUCUACCGCGGGGCCAAGAAAGGACGUGGUCUAGUCAUCAGUCCGAAGGACUACAGUACCCGUCACAGAUACUAG